GAAAACAGAGAACAUAGGAAGAAGGAAACAGGCAAUAGGGAGAAAAAAUGAAAGAGGGAAACAAAGCGCGAAAAGUGCAAGGACAAGUAAUAAUAAGAAGCAAGAGGUACGAGGAAGAAAGGAGGUAGAAACAAAGAAGGGACGAAGGGUAGAGUAG